AUGUUCCAUUUAUUGAUUGUUGGCUCUUUCUGUCUGCUAGCUGCGACCACUCUAGCACAACCUAUUGUAGAACCAGUAUCUCUAGUCCAGCCAGUGGUGCAAGUACCAAGACCUUAUACCUAUGGCUAUGAAUUUGGAGAUGGCCUUGGAAUGAGCCAAUACCGCCAAGAAGUUGCCGAUGGUACUGGUGCUGUCAGAGGUAGUUAUGGAUAUGUAGAUCCUUUUGGUAUCACUAGGAAAGUGGAAUACAAUGCUGGCGCUGAUGGAUUUAAGGCCUUUAUCAGAAGCAAUGAACCAGGACUCACUAAUCAAGAUGCAGCUGAUGCUGUGUAUGUUGUCCAACCUCCUCCUCCAGCAGUGGUUGCUCAAGGUUUGAGGCCAGUUCCAGUCAUCGUCAGACCCUUGAAAUGA